AUUUUUUUUUAAUGACCAAAGUACAAAAUGCGUCUGACAUCCAGUUAACUUAACCUUUGUUAUCCCGUAAAAACUCACCACAUAAACCUUGGAUUUUGUAGGAAGACACUGAGGAAAGUCUGUGUAUCAACAAAAACCAUGAAGUUUGAAGAUCUAAUUACAGAGAUCAAUGGCUUCGGCAGGUUCCAGAAGAUGAUUCUUUGCAUCAGUCUUGUAGGACGAUUCACUUUACCGUGUCACUUUCUAUUAAGCAACUUUAUCUGCGCCAUCCCAUCUCACCACUGUGAUAUCAGUUCUCUGGAUGCCGAGGGAAUCUUUGGGAAUCUGAGUCGGGAGCAGAAACUGACUGUCAGUAUUCCAGUGCAAGAUGAUGGGACUCCUGCUUCUUGUCACAUGUUCUCUCAUCCUCAGUUUCAUCUGUUGACAAACUCCUCCAGCAGCUCAGAACUUCCAGUAGUCCCGUGCCAGAAUGGAUGGGAGUAUGACAACAGCACGUUCAUCAGCACUCUUGCCACACAGUGGGAUCUGGUAUGUGAUAAAAAAGGUCUGAAUAAAGCUGUGACCACCAUCUUCUUUGUCGGAGUGAUGUUUGGAGCAGCUUUUUUUGGAGGCAUGAGUGACAGAUUUGGCCGUAAGCCGAUGCUGUUGGUGUCCUAUAUAUCAGGAAUGGCUUUUACAUUGGCCAGCAUCUUUUCUUCCUCCUUCAUCAUGUUUGCAGUGUUGAGAUUCUUUAGUGGAUUCACCAUCACUGGCAUCGUUAUCGUCUCAGUCGUACUGAAUGUGGAGUGGGUGGACAUUCAGCACAGAAGGCUUGUAUCUAUAACUGGCAGCAUGGCAUGGGCUGUUGGGAGCACCUCAUUGUCUCUUUUUGCAUUCUAUAUCAGAGACUGGAGAUGGCUGACAGUGGCCGUCACGUCACCUUUACUGCUAUCCACAGUCCUCUGGUGGUGGGUUCCAGAGUCGGCUCGGUGGCUGAUAGCCAAUGGGAGGGUAGAAAAAGCUCAUUAUUAUCUUAAAAAAUGUGCUGUCAUGAAUCGCAAGGAGGAAGUUAUUUCAAGAAUCAAACCUGAGGCUCUCUACAUAGCUACAGAUGAGGGCAAGAAAAAUUAUUCAUACCUGGACCUUGUCAGAACCCCUAAGAUGAGAAGACUGGCUCUUCUAACAGGAACCAUAUGGUUUUGUGUUGCCACUAUGACCUAUGGUAUCAGCCUCAACAUCACAGGCUUUGGACUAAAUAUGUACCUCACUCAGUUUGUGUAUGGAGCCAUUGAGGUUCCAUCUAAACUGAUAGUAUAUUACAUGCUGGAGAAGAUUGGUAGACGCAAAACUGAAGCAGGAGCUCAGCUGUUGGCUGGAAUCAGCCUCAUGAUUAACAUAUUCAUACCCAAAGAUCAGUGGGUUGGUCGUACUGUGGUGGCAGUACUGGGUAAAGGUUUCGCUGUUGCAGCUUUUUGUACAAUUGUAUUAUUCAGCUCGGAGCUUUACCCAACCGUCCUCAGGCAAAAUGGGAUAGGAUAUAACUCGUUCAUGGGCCGUCUGGGAGUGUGUUUGGCUCCUCUAGUCCUGCUAUUGGACAGUUUUUGGGGCCACUUCCCUCAGACUAUCCUGUGUUCUGUGGCACUCAUUGCUUCUGUGGUGGCCUGGCAGUUACCUGAGACACGAGACAGGUGUCUGCCUGAGACUAUAGAGGAUGUCGAGGAGACUGGGAAAAAUCUCAUUAAAGAUCAUGACAAGCAGGAGGAUGAGGAGAAAAUAACAACAAAUUAAACCAAUGAGGACCACUGAGAUUGUGUGCAGAUUCAGACUUAAUUUAAACCUAUUCCCUGAAAGAACAAUUGCAAAGUUAUUUUAAAGUGUUUUAUUAGUUACACAAGGAUUUACAACUUUCUCCAGUGCCAUGUAAUAAUUACAGAUCACAGGCGUGAAUGAAUAAAUGGAAAUUGUGAGUUUGUUUGUGAAAAACAGUCAAAUCUGAGAGAAAGAGCCUAUGUAUGUGUGCAUGUUUAAGUGACUUUUUUUUUUACAAGAUGCCAGUGGCCAUUUCUGAUGAUCAGAAUACAUGCAACAUGCAACUACAUUUGCAUAUAUCCAUGUGAAAAUAAAUCUUUAUACCUUACAAUUGUUUUUUAUAUGUAAAAAAUAUUUCUGUAACAAAUAAAAAAAGGGCGCUUUCCCUUGUGACUUAA